AGCCUUGGGAAGGCAUCAUUAGGGAGCAAGUUACAUGUCCACCCAGUAAAAGAGAGAGAAAGAAAGAAAGAGUAGGCAGACUGCCCAAGAGGGACUGUGCUCGCCUAUUGUUAACAUAUACUUGACCCUCACUAACCUCCUCACGACACAGAUGUCUCCUACCUCUAUCACCUCCCACUGCUUUAAGCCCUCCCCCCCUGCACCUGGGUAGCUGAGCCAGGCCGGCUGCUUGCAGUAUGCUGUUUGACUUUAGAGGUGGCUGGUAGCAGAGGGAGAGACACAGACACAGCGGAGUCUUUCUGCGGGCGGAUCUGCACAGACAUUGCAUGGAGCUUCUCUUCCAAGGCAGACACAAGGCAGUCCUGCAAAUCUAUGCAUCGCCGUCUUAGAGAGAGACAGACAGAGACACCACCACUGACAGUAGCAAUUCCCUAUACUCCAGAUCACAUUUGUCUGCAGCAGCAACAGAAAGGGACCUGGGCAUUAAUUAUCUACUUUGUUUUAUUUGUGGUUCUUGCUCCUUUCCCCUGGACCCAGUCGUCUCUCUCGCACUGCUCCCCCUUUGACAAGCGGCUGGAGUUCCUUUUCGGCUCGUUUUGACUUUUUGUGGACGUGGAUCAGCUGGACUGGAAGGGAAGCUGCAUUGCACUGCAUUCCCCUCUCCCACUCCCUCUGCCCUCCAGCAGCCUGGGCUGGCGGCUCUCCCCCAAGGAGGACGGGAACUUUUAUUUUCAGCUCACAGCCUGUGGCGAAUGGUGGGACUCUCCGGUCCUUUUCAGUAUCGCACUGAGAAGCAUUCCACAAUGCCAGACUCACCCGUGGAUGUGAAGACGCAAUCCAGGCUGACGCCUCCAACAAUGCCACCUCCUCCCACUACCCAAGGAGCUCCAAGAACCAGUUCAUUCACACCCACAACGUUAACCAAUGGCACUAGCCAUUCACCAACAGCAUUAAAUGGAGCUCCAUCUCCACCUAAUGGCUUUAGCAAUGGGCCAUCAUCUUCCUCUUCAUCCUCUCUGGCUAAUCAGCAGUUACCACCAGCUUGUGGAGCAAGGCAACUCAGCAAACUGAAGAGAUUUCUUACAACCUUACAGCAGUUUGGCAAUGACAUUUCACCAGAGAUUGGGGAGAGAGUACGUACCCUUGUGCUAGGACUUGUGAAUUCUACUUUGACAAUUGAAGAAUUUCAUUCCAAACUGCAAGAAGCUACUAACUUCCCACUGCGACCUUUUGUCAUCCCAUUUUUGAAGGCCAAUCUGCCCCUGCUGCAGCGGGAGCUCCUGCACUGUGCAAGGCUGGCCAAGCAGAAUCCCGCCCAGUACCUCGCUCAGCAUGAACAGCUGCUUCUGGAUGCCAGCACCACCUCACCUGUUGACUCCUCAGAGCUGCUUCUCGAUGUGAACGAAAACGGGAAGAGGCGAACUCCAGACAGAACCAAAGAAAACGGCUUUGACAGAGAGCCUUUGCACUCAGAGCAUCCAAGCAAGCGGCCCUGCACUAUUAGCCCAGGCCAGCGGUACAGUCCAAAUAAUGGCUUAUCUUACCAGCCCAAUGGUCUGCCUCACCCCACCCCACCUCCACCUCAGCAUUAUCGUUUGGAUGAUAUGGCCAUUGCCCACCACUACAGGGACUCAUACAGACACCCCAACCACAGGGACCUCAGGGACAGAAACAGACCUAUGGGGUUGCAUGGCACACGACAAGAAGAAAUGAUUGAUCACAGGCUAACAGACAGAGAAUGGGCAGAAGAAUGGAAACACCUUGACCAUCUGUUAAACUGCAUCAUGGACAUGGUGGAAAAAACCAGGCGAUCUCUCACUGUACUACGGCGAUGUCAAGAAGCGGACCGUGAAGAGCUUAAUUAUUGGAUACGGCGGUACAGUGAUGCAGAGGAUUUAAAAAAAGGUGGUAGCAGCAGCAGCCAUUCCAGACAGCAGAGUCCAGUGAAUCCAGAUCCAGUCCCAUUAGAAUCACAUCGGGAAUUCCUUCAUAGGCCUGCUUCUGGAUAUGUGCCAGAGGAGAUCUGGAAGAAAGCUGAGGAAGCAGUCAAUGAAGUAAAACGUCAGGCGAUGACAGAGUUGCAAAAGGCAGUGUCAGAGGCAGAACGGAAAGCCCACGACAUGAUCACUACAGAGAGAGCUAAAAUGGAGCGCACUGUUGCAGAAGCCAAGCGACAGGCUGCAGAGGAUGCAUUAGCUGUUAUCAAUCAACAGGAAGAUUCAAGUGAGAGUUGCUGGAACUGUGGCCGUAAAGCUAGUGAAACCUGCAGUGGUUGCAACACGGCGCGAUACUGUGGCUCAUUUUGCCAGCACAAGGACUGGGAGAAGCAUCACCACAUCUGUGGGCAGACCCUCCAAGCCCAGCAGCAAGGAGAGACACCAGCAGUCAGCUCCUCCGUGACACCCAACAGUGGGGCAGGGAGCCCCAUUGACACACCACCAGCAGCCACUCCUAGGUCAAGCACCCCUGGGACCCCAUCCACCAUAGAAACGACUCCUCG